AUGGCCAAGCACAAGAAGCGCACGGCACCUGCCCAUCGUUCAGCAGACUCGAAAGAUCUUCCUCCAGGUUGGAUUCGAGUCGAGUCCCGCUCGAAGCCUGGGGCAUACUUCUAUGCCCAUCCCGCCACCAAGCGGACCCAGCUGGAGCAUCCUGGCAAGACCAGGGACAGGGAGACGACGAAGUCCAAGAGAGCUGAAGGGCCCAGGAGGAAGGCUGCCGGUGAAGGGACUCCCGAGGCUCUGGAUGUCGAAGGCUUCGAGGAUCCCACGGAGAAGGCGGAGCGCUUGCGGCAAGAGGCCGAGGAGGCCGAAGCAGCGGAAGCCGCGCGGCAGGAGAUGGCACGGCACCAGCGUGCAGCAAAGCGAGCCUUGCUGAGAGACGCGCCAGAAGACAAGAAGGACGAGGAGUCGGGAUCAGACGACGAGAACGAACUCGUCUCCAAGGAAGACCUCGCAAGAUGGAAAGAAGCAGAGGAACAGCGAGAAAGGGAAGAGGCAGAAGCAGAAAGACGGAGAAAGGAAGAGGAGGAGCGGAAGAGACGAGAAGCCGAGGAGGCUGAGCGUCGGAGGCUGGAGGAGGAGGAGAGGCAGCGGGAGGAAGAAGAAAGGCGAAGAGAAGAGGAACAGAAGGAGAAGAUCGCCUUAUGGAAGCAUCGCGUCGAGAUGGCGAGAAAGGAGGCCGAGUUUGAGCUCUCCAUGGCCAAGGAGCGUCAGAAGAAGGCUGAAGCUGACAAGGAAGUCGCAAAGCAGCUGGAGGCUCAGCCGGUCUCUCACAUGUCCCUCCGCUCUAGAACAGUCAUCGAAGACGAUGUUCGCGAAGCACGGGAACGAUUCGUGACCAACAAGCGACUGUCCCGACUGGACAUAGAGGAAGACACCAUCGUGUUUCAAGUCUUCGGUCUCGAAGGAGAUUUCACCGCUUUUCUUUCCGAUCCUUAUCCAAUGGAAUCGACGGUCGUGUACGGGCCUGAUGACUUCGAACUACAUACGAGUGGAACUAUACACGACACAGUCUUGGCAGUCAUGUCCAAGCUGAAGUCGCAGGAAGCCAAGCGAUUGACUGAGGAUUCAUGCUCAGAUGCGGGCGAGGAAGAACUGGACUGGAUUGUGACUGAACGGCCUCCUGAGCCUGGAUUGCAAAGUGACCUAGACUCGGUGCAAGACUUGUUUGGCGACGGUGCCUUUGAAAUCACGCAGUUAUGCCCAAAGACCUAUCGUGUGCGACUUUACGUGCCAGUAAACUGUGCGAUCCUGGACAAAAAGGUUUGUUCUGCCUGGGGCUUCAAGCCUGACGCACCAAUAUGCGUCGAACUGUGCUUGCCGGCAAGCGGAUAUGCCUUCGGAGUUGUCAAGCCUCACAUGCUCACGCAAAUCCGGCAAGAAGGCUUUCCUGAAUUUGGUUUGCAGAAACAGCUCAUGCAGAUCUUGGCAGAUUUUUGCUUGGUCUGCAGCGGCAAGGCGUGGGAGAGCUACGAAUCUGGUGCAGAUGACACCCUUGAAGACGAUACUCCUGACAAGCUGUAUCGGCGCUUCGAGCUGAAGAAGAAGAGCCUGAUCCUCGAUGCGCUAGGAAACAAGGAGCUUGGCUUUCUCAGCUGCCUUGCAAGAUAUUUGCAGCUUCGCAUGCCGACCCUACAUGAAUACUGCGCGAUCUGCGACUCCCCUUUUACGCUUCCGCCGAUGAUGAUGCGUGCAGUGUGUCCGCGUGAGCUGUGCACCUAUCAGUUUGGGGAGUUCGGAAGCAAGAUUACGUCUGCAGAGGGGAUGAACAAUCAUGCUGAAGUGGUCGACUUGCUGGUCUGCAUGCUUCUUGCAGCAGCAAAGUCUUCAAGAAGACAUCUCAUACUGGACCCAUUUCCAAAUGUCUACGUGGGAGAGGAUCUACGUGUGGUUUUGCAUCCAGACAGCAAGGAUUUCAGCAAGUUGGAGACCUACGUGCAGGAGCUGCAGGCCAUCCGCACACGGGUAGGAAAUCAGAUCGGUGCUUCCUGGUCUGCAAAAACAUCGUCAAUGUCUGCAGAAGCAGCAGCCCUCCUGAAGUGGACGGUCGCAUCGAACAGGUCUUUCCUGGCCCCCCUGCAGGACACUGAGCGAAUCGAAGCUUUCCGGACGCCGUUUCAGUAUCUCCUCAUUUCAGCGCCACCAGACAAGGAAGCACGCUUCCAGGAAUUGAAGAAACAGUUUCGCACUUCCUUCGCUUUCCACGGCAGUUCCUCCGAGAAUUGGCAUUCAAUCCUGCGGAACGGACUGAAGAAUGCAUCGAACACGAAAUUGAUGACAUGUGGGGCGGCACACGGUCCCGGCAUCUACCUCUCCACUGCAAGCUCACGCUCGAUGGGCUAUACCCGGCACUCACCAGUCGUGACCGAAGGGGUGGUUGCUUUAAAGCGACAGAAAACGGGCAAUCGUUUCGUUGACAAUCAGCGUGGUCUUGUGAUGAUGGCCGUGUGCGAGGUGGUUGAAGAUCCGAGCAGACUGCGAAAGCCGACUGCACAUAUCUGGGUCGCGAGCGAGGAGGAGCUGGUCUGUACUCGCUUCUUCUUGGUCUUUAGCGAGGCAGAGCACGUCAAUUUGAACGUCAGCACCCUGAAGCUGGACAAGGAGAUCCGCACGCUUGUGGAGAGAAGCCGGUAA